AUGUCCGCCGAGCACGACGACGCCGUGUUCGACCUCGACGACGAUGACGAGUCCUCCCAGUCUCAGGACGACGACGACGAUCUCGAGAACGAUGGCGUCCUCGUCGUCGAAGAGGACGAGGAAGAUCUCAAUUCCGUCCCUUCCCCUUCCACCCCUUCCCCCGCCUCCAUCUCCGCAGCGGCCUCCUCCCUCCCGAUCGCCGUCCCUUCCGCCUCCAUCGUCACCGUAGCCGCCGCUCCCAACGGCGCCGUCGAUCCGCACAAACUCCUCCCCUCCGAUUACUCCUCGGCCGCUGCCGUCCUCCCCGACGCGGUGAAGCGACCCCGCCUGACGCUCGUCCCGGUGUUCGAAGAGCAGCGGAAGCCGACUCCCCAGCCGCUCGACAAAUCGCGCCAACUGUUCCAGCGGUUGUGGACAGACGAGGACGAGAUCGAGCUGCUGCAAGGUUUCCUCGAGUACUCGAACCAGCGCGGCGGCGGGAGCCACCACGACACGGCGCUGUUCUACGACCAGAUCAAGUCGAAGCUCCAGCUGGAUUUCAACAAGAAUCAGCUGGUCGAGAAGCUGCGGAGGUUGAAGAAGAAGUACCGGAACGUCCUGAACAAGAUCGGUUCGGGGAAAGAGUUCUCCUUCAAGACCGCUCACGAUCAGGUCACGUUCGAGAUCUCGCGGAAGAUCUGGAGCACUACGGGAAAGCUCGCGAGCGUCGAGGAUGGGAAUUUGGACGACGAUGAAGGGAACCCUAAUCUCAACAAUAACAACGAUGGCGGUGGCGGUGGUGGUGGUGGUGAGGAUCAAAAGUCCACGCCUCGGCCGCGAAAACGUUCCCGAUCUCGCUCCCUAGCCGCUCCUCUCACUCUCACCGCCUGCGGUGGCGGUGUGGCCGCCACGGCCGGCGGAGGAGGAGGCAACCUUGGGGGUAAAGUGGAUGAUAAGCGUGUAAACAACGACGUGAGCAGUAAUGCUCAUAGCAAUGUGAAUGUGAAUGUGCCUAGUUUGAUUGAGGAGACUGUGAAGAGUUGUUUGUCGCCAUUGUUUAAGGAGUUGUUGAGCAAUGCUAUGGCCGCUCCUGGGGCUUCGUCUGGUGGGAGAGGAAUUGGGGGAUUGGCCAUGAAUGCAUUUCCAUUGAGCUUCGGAGGAGUGGAGAUGAUGGCCGAUGAGAAGUGGAGGAAGCAGCAGAUAUUGGAGCUCGAGGUAUACUCGAAGCGAUUGGAGUUGGUUCAAGACCAAAUUAGAUCACAGUUGGAGGAGCUGCGCUCGGUGGGUCGGUAA